UUUAUUUAUAUAUAGAGAAGAGAUGAAUACAAACCCAUGAAGAAGAGUCAAAGAAUCAAAUAUUGAUAUCUUCUUGUUCGUCAAUCAGAGCACCAAACCCUAAAUUCGAUCUGAUUCCUUCAGGCACACACACACCUUCAUGUUCUAUAAGUGCACAAGGAUAUUUAUGCCAAGAUCGGAGGUAGGAGAGGUGAAAUCUCACUAUCCAAUUAGACCAGAAUGCCAAGCGGAUGCUCCGAAAACCAGAUUCAAACCUAGAGCAAGGAAAACUCUUAGCCCAAGAAGAUGGCAGGCAGCAUUCACUGAAGAUGGUCACCUAGACAUUGCAGGUGUGCUGAAGAGGAUUCAAAGAGGGGGUAUCCAUCCAUCAAUCAGAGGAGAGGUCUGGGAGUUCCUGCUAGGUUGCUAUGAUCCUAACAGCACUUCCAAUGAGCGAAAGGAACUUAGGCAACAUAGGAGGGAGCAGUAUGCUGCUUGGAAAUCUGAGUGUCAAAAGAUGGUUCCUGUUAUUGGAAGCGGGAAGAUUAUUAUGGUACCUAUAGUUACUGAAGAUGGGCAACCUAUCAAAGAUCCUUCAAUAAACGGUGGUUUAGCAAUCAAUGGUGGAGUCAUCCCAAGUAGUGCAGCCUUAGACAAGAAAAUGACUCGGUGGAAGCUGAGCUUGCCUCAAAUUGGACUGGAUGUUGUACGCACUGAUGGUGUUCUUGUGUUCUACGAAUCUGAAGCUAACCAAGCAAAACUCUGGGAUGUUCUUGCUAUUUAUGCUUGGACUGAUAAUGAUAUAGGCUAUGUCCAAGGAAUGAAUGAUAUUUGUUCUGCAAUGAUCAUUCUUUUAGAAAAUGAAGCAGAUGCUUUUUGGUGCUUUCAACGAGCUAUGCGGAAAUUGAGAGAGAAUUUCAGGUCUGAUGCGAACUCUAUGGGAGUGCAAACUCAGUUGCGUGCCCUUUCAGGAAUUGUUAGAGUAAUUGAUCCAAAGCUUCAUCAACACCUUGAGGCACUGGAUGCCGGGGAAUAUCUUUUUGCACUCCGUAUGCUGAUGGUACUCUUCCGAAGAGAAUUCUCAUUUGCAGAUUCCUUGUACCUUUGGGAAGUAAUGUGGGCUAUGGAGUAUAAUCCGCAGCUUUUCGCAACAUAUGAAGGAUCAAAUGCCGUGGAUAUUAACACUGCAGACAAGAAGCUGAUGAAGCAGUUUGGAAAAUUCGAGAGGAACAACCUGAAAACUGGCAAAUCGGAUCAAAAGAAUGCACUCGCUGUUUUUCUUGCUGCAAGUUAUCUUGAAAAAAAGCACAAGCAAUUACUGAAAAAAGCAAAGGGCCUUGAUGACAUUGUCACGAUACUGGCGAAUUCAACUUCCAAUUCCGACGCGAGAAAGGAACUGAAAAAAGCCCUCAACAUCCAGCAGAAAUACUUGAAAAAGACGAAGGCUACUGCCUAGCUCCCCAGUUUGAUUGAUUCAUUUCAAACAGUUUGAUUCAUUUGUUUUCAAUUUGUAUCACUUUAUGUGUUAUUUUUCCAAUUAUGAUCACCUGUUGUAUAAUAUCAGAAACAUGAAAUUUG